AUGCAGAAGGUGUCCGGCAAGGGACAAAACUGCUUCGGCGGCAUCGAGAGCUUCGAGAAGACCACGGGCCUGGCGUACUCAGGAAGCGUGAGCGGCCAGACGCUGCUGCAACAACCAGACCAGGCCCUGACGCGCGACUGUAUCAACCUGUGCAAGCAGCAGGCUCAGUGCCUUUCCUUCUCCCUCAACUACGUAGGAUUCCGCUGUGCCGCCUUUAACCUCAACUCGGCAGGGCGCAGGGACCUGCUGGUCACGACGCCCAGCACCAAUUACUUUGAGAAGAUAUGCUUUCGAGGAGUUCAAAAGGCAACAUUCGACGCUCUCUGCGGUGACCGGCUGUGGGCCUUCGAGCGGGCCAAGGAGGGCCAUCUGGAGGGCUUCGUGGACCGCGAGGAACACAACGUCAAGGACAAAGAGGAGUGCGCCAAGAUGUGCCUCCUCGAGGACAACUUCCCGUGUCGUUCGGCGGACUACGACGAGGUGACCAAGACGUGCCGGAUGAGCCGGGAGGACCGCCGCUCCCAGCCGCAAGCCUUCCGGCAGGUGCCAGGGAACUCCAGAGACUACCUGGAGAACCAGUGCUCCGCCACGGCACCGACGUCUUGUCGGUACGAGACUCGCGUGGGCGUCGGCGUGGUGUCCAUGGACCUCCUGCAGUUCGCCACGGCCGUGGAUGACUGCCAGACGCAGUGCGACCGGGAGACCACGUUCAACUGCCGGGCCUACUCGUACAUGGAGAACCGGUGCUACCUGAGUGGCGACGACACCGUCAGUCUCGGACCGAGCGGGCUGCCACCCAUGACCAACGCUGCCUACGGGGAAAAGAAGUGCAUCACUGAACAAUGUACCCUGGGCGUGUUCACCUACGAGAAGAUGACGGGCUUCGUGAUGAGGUCCGCCGCCCGCACGGCCAUCCCCCUGUCGAGUCCCGGCGCCCUGGGCAACACCCUGGAAUGCCGGCAGUUCUGCCAGAUGGCCGGCCUGGAUUGUCCCUCGUUUAGCGUCAAUUACCAGAACAUGCGCUGCGACAAGCUCGACCGGAAUUCCCAGGGUCGCACCCAGGAGCUCAGUCCUCGGGCCGGAGAGAACUACUUCGAGAAGAUAUGCCUCCGAGGCAACUUCGCGACGGCGUGCCAAGGCAAGGCGUGGGCCUUCGAGCGGGUGCUGGGCCUGGAGUUGGUGCCGACGCUGUACGACAAGUCGUUCGCGCACGUGCAGAGUCGCCGUGACUGCGAGGAGUACUGCCUGAACGAGCAGACGUUCGACUGCCGCUCAGCCGUGUACUUCGACGACACGGCCGAGUGCAGGCUGAGCAGGCACGACCGCAGGACCCAGCCGGACGGCGUGAUCAAGAGCUCCAACCCCAGGAUAAACUACCUCGAGAACCAGUGCCUCGAAGUGUCUCCGACGUGUCCCUACGAGAAGACAGCUGACGCCUACCCCGUCUACACCGACGUUGUCCAGAUGACCGGCAUCAUAUCGGAGCAGUCGUGCGAGUCUUUCUGCACCACGUAUCCCAACUUCAACUGCCGCUCCUUCGCGUACUACCCGAGCAACGGCCAGUGCUUCAUCAGCGGCGAAGAUCGCGUCAGCGCCGGCCCCGCCAGUACCAACUCUCGUCCUGGUAUCCUAUUCUACGAGCGCUCUUGCAAGGAUGGCGUCGGAGGCACCGGCACCACAGACGGCGGAGGCGGUACCACGUCGCCUGGAGGUGGUUCAUCCACAGGCGGUGGUCACUCGCCGACCAACUCGCCCACAUUUCCGACGGCGCAACCGCCGCAGACACCGACACUGUUCCCGCCUACAGCACGCCACUGUAGUGCUGGAGACAAGCUGACAUUCGCAAGGGUGUCUGGCUUCGAGUCGGCCGCCAGACCAGGACCCAUUCUGCUCACGGCACCGGCAGACGGCAUGACCAAGGAGUGCAUCCUGCGCUGCGAACAGAGGGACGACUGCAGGUCAUUCAGCAUCGACUACCGCCGCCACGAGUGCUACAUUGCGACGUACUUCUCGGGCACUUUGCCGGCGCAUUUGAGACCCAGUCCAGGAAAGACGUACUUCGAGGGCAUCUGUGUUCCUGGUAACGCCAUUUGCACUGGCAGGCUCUGGUCCUUCGAGAGGAUGGUGGACCAGGAGCUGCGCGGGGUGAGUCCCAAGGAAGUGACGCGGUUCAUCAGCCUCCACGACUGCGAGCGGCGGUGCUUCGAAGAGCGGCGCUUCCAGUGCAAGGCGGCCAGUUUUGACGUAAACCUCCAGGAGUGUCGCCUCUAUUCGGACGACAGAAACUCUCGCUUCGCCCGUCUCAUCUACGGCAGGGGUGUCUACUACUUGGAGAACCAAUGUGUAGUCAACACAGCUUCAUGCCCGUAUGCCCCCAUCCAGCGAGACGUCUACAUGACCCACAUCACUCGCGUGGUCCACGGCGUCAGCUCCACCUUUCAAUGCGAGAUGGAAUGCAACCGCGAGCCAGACUUCAACUGCCGCUCCUACACUUACGUGGAACAUGGCACCCUAGGUCCUCCGCAGUGCCUACUGUCCGCCGACAGCCGCCAGAGCGUCUCGCCUAUCGUUCUGGAGUACCGGAGUCGCGCCCUCUACGCAGAGAAGGACUGUCACCUGGAUGACGACGGCAGGAAUAACAACAAUGGUGUCGUGGUGGGAACCUCACAUCCACCCGCGUAUCCACAGCCGUAUCCACCGACGCAUCAACAGCCACAGCCACACCCACCGCCGCCACCGCCGCCGCCAGGAACCACGUCAUAUCCGUCGCAGAAACCUGCCCCUUAUCCGGGUCACAGCCCCUAUCCGCCGCCGAGGUACUGUUCGUAUGACCAGUACACUUAUGAGAAGACCAUCGGCCAUGACAUGAGGUAUGCUCCGAGAGAGCGCAUUCCAACGCGCUCCGCCGUCGGCGUCGUCAGGGACGCUUACGGAGACUGCCAGCGGCUAGGGGACCGGUGCCGUGCCUUCACCAUCGAGUACGGCAACUUCCAGACUGCCUUUUGGCUCUCCGCGGCGGCCGAAGACAACCGGCAAGCCUUGACGGCCAACCCGGUCGUGGCUUACUUUGAGAAGAUCUGCCUGCAAGAGCGUACCUGCGGCAAGAUGUGGUCAUUCGAGCGCCUGAUGAACCACGCCAUGAGGGGCGACGCGGACCGUGAGAUCCCGGGCACCCAGAGGCGGGCUCAGUGCCAGGAUCUCUGCUUGCGGGAGCGUGGCUUCGUGUGCCGCUCGGCCACCUACCAGCAGUCGCGGCUGCUCUGCCGCCUUUUCAGCGAGAACAGGCGCACCAGGGCUUCCCUCUUCGGCAAGACCAGCGAGGACAUUGACUACCUCGAGAACAUGUGCGCCCCCGAGCCCUCAACGUGCCAAUACAAGGAGAAUGUGGAUCGCUUCCUGCCGAUCAUCGACCGACUAGGCCACGCGUACAGCCUCGCCGAGUGCCAGCGGCAGUGCGACCUGGAGCGGCAGUUCAACUGCAGGGCCGUCAACUUCGAGACGGUGCACCGGGACUGCGCCCUGAGCAGCGAGGACACGCAAAUCACGCCCCUGGGCACAGCUGCCAUGAUCUACCGGAGGUACUCCGUGUACAGCGAGAAGGGCACCUGCGAACAAGUGAGCGUGCAGUGCAACCAGCAAGACAUGCUGUUGGCCAUGAACUUCGACACUCCGUUUCACGGUCGGGUGUACGCCAAGGGAAACCCGGCCCAGUGCUUCGUCGUUGGAAACGGACAAAACACGCUGCAAUUUGCGGUGUCCCUGGGCACGCGUUGUGGAACCCUGCAGGAGGGUGACGGCCGCUACGCGAACGAGGUGGUCGUUCAGCAGCACCCGAUCAUCAUGACGGACACGGAUCGCAACAUCCGCGUCGUCUGCUCCUUCGAGGCCGGCGACCGGACAGUUACCUUGGCGUCCACGUUCGCCAGGAACGGAGCUUACAGCGGUCUGGACGUGACGACUCGACAUCAGCCCACCAUCACGUCGGUCGUGACCAACACGGCACCGCCUCCGAACGUGGUGAUGCGGAUCUUGGAUCCUUCGGGACGGGACGCCGGCGUCGUGGGCCUCGGAGACGAACUGACCCUCAAGAUCGAAAUACAGGAGCCAGGAAGUGCCUUCGCCAUUUUUGCGCGGAACCUGUACGCACGGAGCUCCAACGGGGAAUCCCUUUUUCUCAUUGACAGCAACGGUUGUCCGGUGGAUUCCAGUAUCUUUCCACCAUUGAGACCAGACUACAGGAAUCCCGGGGCACUAGUCGCCAACUUCAAGGCAUUCCGCUUUCCAUCGUCUGGAAUGGUCAACUUUGAGGUUCAAAUAAGGUUCUGUCAGGACCGAUGCGAUCCGGUUCGAUGCCAGAGCGGCGGCGACUCCUUCGGCCGAAGAAGGCGUGACGUGUCUUGGACGUUACCCAGGUCUUUAUCACCCAAUCAAACAUCCCCACUUUACGUAACCGCGCACCGACCAACGAUUGUCAUCAGACCGUACCCUCUCCCUAGCUCUACUCCUGAACUGUCACAGACAACUACCGAACCACCUCCCACAACGCCAGAUGUAACCGAGUCUACGAGUGCACUGGACAACAACGCUACUGAUGUCAGCCAGGACACCAACAUUACCACUGCAAGUGAAGAUGAGGCUGAGGUGACCGCCGUUACAGAAACGGGUGAUCUGCCCAACUCCACGGACAUCCCAAUUCCUCAAGGCUCAGACCUUGAAAACACCACCUCCUCAGGAGAGGAACAGACUCAUUCUAGCGCGAUGCCAACCACUACCCUCAUCCCAGAUGUGAAUCAAACGGACCCAGAUUCAGCGGCUGUGGAGGAAACAGAUCCACCCAUCAUGUUCCGAAAACAAGAAAUGUACUCUCCUGACGAAUUCAAACCCAAUUCGAGUGAAUUCCAACCCGAUGGCCAGGAACAAGUGUCGUCAACAGUUGUCUUCAGGAGUCCAACCUCUAUGGACCAGCAGGAAUCUCCUCCACCUGUCCAGCAACACACAACGUCACAACCUCCCGACUUUACGUCGCAGCCUUUCGGAGGGUAUGGAAUGGGUUACGGUCGCCAUUACCAGCAAGGAAACAACGGGGAAUAUAUGCAGAACGAGCGGGAUUUCGCACCAUUUUCAAAUUCCCCGAUGGCUGGUCCGUAUAUAAACCGCCAAGGCGGGCGCCGCGACCCCAGAUUCUUUCAAGGACCACCGCAUAGUUCGUACGGUCAUGAUUCAAGGCACAACCUUGAGAAUCCUAAUUUUCCACCGGAAACAAACAAGAGGAAUCAGGUUCACUUCCAGGUGGAAGGAGUCUCGGCCACAAAGCCGGAUGAAAGCAUUCGCGGAGAGCAAGUGCGCAGACAGGGGCCACUACAUAAUGGCGUCCCUCAAGUCAACGAUGACCAGUAUCUUGAUCCUUAUCGAAAUGGGCAGCGUCCCUCGUUGGAUGCACAGCGUCAUGGGCAGUACGUGAACGAUCAAGCGAGACGAUACUACAAACCCAACGGCUUCGAAAGAGAGCCUGAAGGUCACCGUCCUCAAAGUCAUCCACAAAACAAGAAUUGGGUGGAAGAGGCAGCGGCCGGAAGAGGCUCUCAAGCCAGUCCUGGCUCGAACGAGACAGAGCAGCCAGGUAGCAUAGCCGGCGAACGCUUCCAGCAGUUCAACACAAAUGACUCUGACAGAGAAAGACAUUUUCCGCCGCCGAUGCUGCAAGAAAUAGUGGCCACGACCGAAAAGCCAUACCCGGAGGAGGUGCCUUUGUCCCUGGCCAUUAUGGUUGGCGAAGGCAAUGGCAUCAAGGUCGACAAAGGCUGGGCCAGGAACGCUGGAAGUUACCAUCCUCCUCGGAGUCGAAAACGAGAACCCACAGUAACACCGCGGGCGGUGGAAGAAGACCCAGGCUGCGACCCCCAGAACACCAUCAUCAUCACGGCCCUGGUUGUGUCGGCCAUUCACGUGGGCCUGAUGCUGGGCGGCUUCUUCUGCUUCCGCUGGCAGCGCCGGUCCGUCAAGCGGAAGCAGCUCAUCGCUUCCGUCAUGGGUGACUUCCGGUUGCCUUCCUCCGCUGGCGUCAUCACUUCCGCCGUCACGCCCACGCCCAUGGCGGCGGCGGUGCGGAACGCGGGAAGACCUGUUGUCUACGGCAAGGCGGACAUGUCUUUUCGCCAGAUGUACAGUGAUUUCGAGACACCGCCCUAACGGGGCUGGUGGGCCUAAGGCGAGUGUUGUCGAGUGCCCUAGUGACAAUGAGGAUAAAAAGCCGCCUCGGCCUAUGCAGGGGGAACUCGGAGAUGUAGAAUUUCGUAACUGAACAACUUCAUAGAAGGAUUUACGGAACUUAAGCUCACCCCCUGCAGAACACAAGAAAAAAGGCAUUUCUGGAAAUCGAGGUUUUUAA